CCGGUGUACCUGGCGGCGGUGCUGGAGUACCUGACGGCCGAGAUCCUGGAGCUGGCGGGCAACGCGGCCCGCGACAACAAGAAGACGCGCAUCAUCCCGCGCCACCUGCAGCUGGCCAUCCGUAAUGACGAGGAGCUCAACAAGCUCCUGGGCAAAGUCACCAUCGCGCAGGGCGGCGUCCUGCCCAACAUCCAGGCCGUGCUGCUGCCCAAGAAGACCGAGAGCCAUCACAAGGCCAAGGGCAAGUAGGGACCUCGAUUAGCUUACAGCAAUUCGAAUAAAUCGAAUCCAAACCAAAGGCUCUUUUAAGAGCCACCCAUCUAUUCUGGAAAAGAACUUAACAUUUGUUUUAUACUGGGUGAGAAA